AUGGCCUCCCACCAGAUCGCCAUUGCCAAGGCCUCCUUUUCGGCCGGUCUCUUGCGUCCCGAUCCCUCAUCUGUUCCGCGGGAUGACAUUGCUGCCUUCCACACGGCCCUCGAGCGCGCCCUCAACCAUUGCUCCCCAGCAAACAUCCAGACCUGCAAAGCAUGGCUACUCCAAUAUGUCGCCUCCUCCGCUAAUCGGGUGGGAGGGCUGGCCAAAUACCUCGUGGCCCUAGCUAGCUCCUCUGAUGAACCGGCCACCGCAGGUGCAGGCCCUGGUACUCGUGUCGGUACUGGCACUCGGUCUAAAACUUCAGUGAAGCGUCGGCGACUCCACAUCCUCUAUCUCCUCAACGAUCUAUUCCAUCAUAGCAAGUACCAUCUCGAUACGACGGCCACCUUUUCCACUGUCAGCGGAUCUCUGCAGCCAUACAUAGUCGAGCUGCUUGGACAUGCCGCAGCCUAUGAUCGGCAAAAACAUCCCCGGCACCAUCAUCGCCUAGAUGAACUACUUGAAAUUUGGUCCGAGCAUGGAUAUUUCGGUCCCGAACUGAUCCAGAAAUUGCGGGAAACGGCGACGAACUCGGCUUCCAUUGGAACUACGGGGGCUGCCCCACCCUCGUCAACAGAUGUUCUGAUCGAUGAAACUGACGCUACCAAAAGGCAAGCCGGGAAAAAGGUGCCAUUUGUCAUGCCAUCCACUCACGGCGACGCUUCUAUGCCAUACUACGACCUGCCAGCCGGCAAUUGGAUCCCUCAUAUCAUUCCCAACUCGGCCAUUCCUCUUCGCCCUGACAGCAUCAAACCACUACAAUUCCUUGCUGGUCCCGCCGAUCAGUCACUAGUCCAGGCUUUGAAAGGCUUUCUGCAGGAAGUGGAUCAGAUCUACGGUACCGAAGAGCUCAUCAACGAUGAUGAAAACAUGGAUAUCGAUGAGCUUGGCCAGCAGAUCACUCGUGAUGAGAUCACAGGGGACAUAUUGGAUGGCGAGACAUACUAUGGCUGGUCUCGGGCAUUCUGCCAGCAAAUGAAGAAGCGACCCGAGGACUCUCGCAGUCGUAGUCGAAGUCACAGCAGAUCCCGCGGCGCCCUUAAACGAAGGUACAGCGGCAGUUCGUUGAGCCAGGACAGCCAACGCUCCGACUCUCGGUCGCGCAGUCGGCCUCGUACUGAUAAACGGGAAGCUCGACGGUACGACUCGCGCUCGCGGAGCCGCUCCCGUCGCAGAUCUCGAUCUCACACGAGCGAAAGCUCCUAUGCGCCACGAGAACCAUCUCCACCCCGCUUCCCCCUCCUCAUCAACCCUCACAUGCUCCGCCUCCGCCGCCACCACCUCCGGGACCCUAUCAACAGAGUCAUCAAUAUAAUCCACGAUACCCUGUCGCUCCUGGAGGCGCCAACUUUGCACCCCCACCUCCGCCCCCAUAUCCCGGCGCCUGGCCGCCUGGCCCACCCCCACCUAUGCCGGGUAUGCCCUUCCCCCCACUUGGCCAGGGGAUGA